AUGGGUCUCCUAGCAUUGGGAACCGCCUUGGAAUGGGCCGAGGCCAAGAAGAAAGCCGAUCAAGUACGACAGUGGGGAAUAGAGCAACUCCUGGCAAAUUGGCGACGCGCCAAGGGCAAAGAACGAGACGCUCUCCUCUGGGGUGACGAGGUCGAAUACCUUGUGGUAGCCCUCGACGACGCCGCUCGGAAGGCUCGGUUGUCCCUUGCUCAGGCCGAUAUUCUCAAAUCUCUUGCUCAUGAUGAAGCCCUCUGGACGGCCGAUUCUGCAGCCGAUGGACACCAUGCAGGCCAUGAGGGUGAAAAACCUCCGCAUUUUCAUCCUGAAUUUGGCCGUUUCAUGCUCGAGGCCACACCGGGCGAGCCGUGGGGUAUCGGCUUCAAAGAUCUUCUGAAGGUUGAGUCAAACAUGAAAUGGCGUCGAGAAGUUGCCAAGGCGCAUAUGGCUCCUAAUGAAUCCCCUAUCACCCUCACGACCUUCCCGCGCCUAGGAACCAGGGAUGAUUAUAUUCAGCCCUACUACCCUCCCUCUGGCCCGGCCUUGCGCUCACAAUUCGUGCCUGACGAGAUUGCCAAUCCACACAUUCGGUUCCCCACCCUUGCGGCCAAUAUUCGCUCGCGGAGAGGGCGUAAGGUGGAGCUUAAUGUGCCGGUCUUCAAGGAUUUGAACACGCCCUCGCCGUUCAAGGAUCCUACUGUGAACUAUGACCUUCACAUAUGGCCCGAAGAUGCCGACGUGCGAAAUGGUGCCGCAAAGGAUGACCAUGUUUACAUGGAUGCCAUGGCCUUUGGAAUGGGUAGCUGUUGUUUGCAGAUCACUUUUCAAGCGAAGAACAUGACGGAGGGGCGGAAGCUCUAUGACCAGCUCAGUCCUUUGGGGCCCAUUCUUCUUGCUCUCACGGCUGCCACUCCAAUCUACAAGGGGUUCCUGGUUGACACGGAUGUUCGAUGGAAUCAAAUCGGCGCUGCUGUAGAUGACAGGACACCUGAAGAAUUAGGAGAAGUUCCGCUCAAGAAUGACCGCUGGAGAAUUCCCAAGUCUAGAUAUGCAUCAAACUCCACAUAUAUCUCCCAAGAUCCGAGACUGCGCAAGGAAUACUUGGAUCCAGACCUUGUUGUGGAUGAGCAAAUCAAGCAGCGAUUGAUGGACGGAGGCAUGGAUGACUUGCUGGCCACGCAUUUUGCCCAUCUCUUCAUUCGCGAUCCUCUUGUCAUCUUUUCCGAGGACUUGAAGGAACUUGACUUGCAGAAGGGCGAUCAUUUUGAGAACCUCCAAUCCACCAAUUGGCAACACAUGCGAUUCAAGCCUCCACCUUCUGAAAAAGACGACAUUGGUUGGCGAGUGGAGUUCCGAUCUAUGGAGAUUCAGAUGACCGACUUCGAGAACGCUGCCUUCAGCAUCUUCAUCGUGCUCAUCACUCGAGCCAUUCUUAGUUUCGACCUCAACUUUUACCUACCUAUCCCUCGCACAACCGAAAACAUGGAAACGGCACAUGAGCGUAAUGCCGUUCUCGACAGCAAAUUUUACUUCCGGAAAGACCCCUUCGGGCGUCGUGCGCCUCGGCAUGCAGGGCAGCACUCGUCUCACGGAAGCACCUUCUCUUCCACCACCUCAUCGGCCGUCAACACCCCUCCGCCGUCGCCCCCCCUGGGUCCCGUCGAAUCCGAGUAUGAGCUGAUGACCAUUGACGAAAUUGUGAAUGGUUGCUCCGAUGGAUUCCCUGGUCUCGUCCCUCUUGUGGAGUCCUAUCUCAACAGCGUGAAUGUUGAUGUUGAAACGCGCUGCUUCCUCGCCAGUUACUUGGACCUGAUUCGGAAGCGCGCUGAUGGUACGCUCUGGACAGGUGCCAAGUGGAUUCGCGAGUUUGUGGCAAAGCACCCAAGCUAUAAGCACGAUAGCGUUGUCUCUGAAGAGAUUACCUACGAUCUGAUCAAAGCAGUGGAAGAGGUGACGGCCACGGAAGGCAAAAAUGGUAGUAUCGGGUGGGAGCUCUUGCGUGGGAAAAAGAAAUAG